AUGGGAAGCGCGGGGAGGCAGAAGGGAGUGAGGGAAGGGGCCACUCACUACUCAGGAGAUGGGGACCCGGGGAGGGGUCUGGGUUUGUGGUCAAGAAGACCCGGCUUCCCAGAGUUCUGCGUCCGCGUGGUCCCCUUGCCUCUCCUGAGCAGAGGUCUUCCCCCCCUCCCCCCGCCCCCCAUCUCGCACUCACCAGCCCAGGUAUUGGUCAGUGCCAGGGCUCCGAACAGCAGUAGGAGAAGGGCUCGGGGCUCCAAGGCUCUGAUCCUUCCUGUUUGGGGACAAUCAGUCCUGCUCCCUCCCUUUGUAUUUCAUAACCAGGAACCUAAGGCCUCCUUGACUGGCUUCUCUAUGAAUCCUACCCGCAAUAGGGGUUCUGGGGCCCUGUCACGAGUUCCAGGCAGAAGCAAAAAGGAGAGGAGCCGAGAACUGGUAGGUUUAUUGGAAGAGACAGUUUGUCCCAGAGAAGUGGGUCUUGGCUGGCCACGCGGGCACAGAGGUACAGUCCUGCAGACAUCAGCCGCUCCUGCAAGCGGCUCUCCCGGGAGGCCCAACUCUCGCUCUGCGAGCGGCUGCCCCACCCGCCUGGCUCUUAACCACGUGGGCCGCAGCUACCCGGAUCCACAGGCGGCUCCACGGCGGGUGCAGGAGUUCAGUCCCGCAGCCAGCACCCGCUUCUGCAAAGCUGCGCGGCCCGCCCCGCCUGAACCGGCAGGUGGCCUCCACCAUCCGGGCUCUCACAGGAGGCCCAUCUCUCGCUCUGCGAGCGGCUGCCCCACCCACCUGGCUCUAACCACGUGGCUGCAGCUACCUGGCUCCACAGGUGGCUCCACGGAGGGUGCAAAAGUCCAGUCGCCCAGCCAGUACCCCCUUCUAGGGAUAGAGAAUGUCCCUACAGUGGAUGAAUUUCUUUUACUCAGCCUGACCAGUAUUCAGGAGCUGCAGCCAGUCUUUGGGAGCUUCAUAAUUAUUUACCUGAUCAACUUGGGAAAUGGAGCGAUAAUAAUGAUUGUAAUUUUGGAACCCAAACUCCACUCCCCUAUGUAUUUCUUUUUGGGAAACCUUUCUUGUCUGGAUAUUUGUUAUUCUUUGGUGACACUGCCCAAGGUGCUUAUGAACCUGCUCUCCACUCGAAGGGUCAUAUCUUUCCUUGGUCAGCUACACUUCUUCCACUUUCUGGGAAGUACUGAGGCCAUCUUUCCAGCAGUGUUGGCCUUUGACCAUGUUGUGGCCAUCUGCAACCCAUUUCUCUACACUGUCAUCAUGAACCCCCAGCGUGUUCUGUUGGCAGCUGUGGCGUGGCUCAUUAGCUUCUUCUAUGCUCUGAUGCAUUCUGUCAUGACUGCAAGCCUGGACUUUUGCCAUUCUCUGAAACUCAACCACUUCUACUGUGAUGUGAAACCCCUCCUGAAACUGGCCUGCAGUAACACAGAACUCAACCAGUGGCUUCUUUCUGUUGUCACAGGGAGCAUAUCUACAGGAGCUUUCUUUCUCACACUCCUCUCCUACAUCAUUGGCUUCCUUGUGUUGAAGAACAGGUCCUGCAGGAUACUCCAUAAGGCUCUGUCCACUUGUGCCUCCCAUUUUUUGGUGGUGUGUCUCUUUUAUGGACCUGUAGGUUUUACAUAUAUUCUUCCUGCUUCAGCCACGUCCAUGAGUGAGGACCAGACAGUGGCUGUCAUAUACAGUGCAGUCACCCCAGUGCUGAAUCCACUGAUAUACACCCUUAGGAAUAAAGAAGUGAUGUUGGCUCUGAAGAAAAUCUUUGGGAGGAAGCUCUUUAAAGACGCUAUUAGCACCUAG